UUUUUCUUCCUUCCCAAUUCCUCCUUGUUAUCCAAUCAGUUGAAUUGCUGGGCGCAAGAAUCUUGCGGUUCCUACAGUGAUUUGUAAUUUGCUAUUGUUAUUUUUUUUGGGGAUCUUGCCAUUUGAAGUUGGUCGAGGAGCGAUUGAAUGAUGUUGGAGGAUCGAUCCUGCGAUUCUUGUUUCGUGUUGGCAAGCUCCUGCCAACAAGAAACCAGCUGGCCUUACACCUACAAUGGGAAACGUCCACUAGAAAUCGUUGAAUCUGAUGAUAGUUGUCCAGAAACCAAGUUGUCUAAGCGCUCGUCUGAUGAUUCUUCCAGCGACGAUGGUAGGCAAUAUGAUUCUUGUUCGGAUUUGGAUGUGUUAAUCCAACCAAUUGGGAGAGACAACUCCAUCAAUUGUCUGAUCAAGUGCUCGAGGUCUGAUUAUGGUUCCAUCGCAUCUUUGAAUAGGAGUUUUCGAUCCAUAAUCAGGAGCGGUGAGAUCUAUAAGUCAAGGAGGCAGAAGGGUGUUACCGAACAUUGGGUUUACUUUUCUUGUGAUCUCCUCCAGUGGGAGGCAUUUGAUCCGAUUCAGCGCAAGUGGAUGCAUUUGCCAAGGAUGCCUCCUAAUGAAUGUUUCACUUAUUCGGACAAGGAAUCCUUGGCCGUGGGAACCGAGUUACUUGUAUUUGGGAAGGAAGUUACUUCUCAAGUGAUAUAUAGAUAUAGUAUUUUGACUAACUCAUGGACUUUUGGGACCAAUAUGAAUUCUCCAAGGUGUUUGUUUGGGUCAGCUAGUCUUGGAGAGAUUGCAAUUUUAGCCGGAGGCUGUGAUUCUCAGGGUAAUAUCCUGAGCUCUGCAGAAAUGUACAAUUCUGAGACCCGAAAAUGGGAGACUCUCCCAAGCAUGAAUACCCCAAGGAAGAUGUGUAGUGGGGUAUUCAUGGAUAAGAAAUUCUAUGUAAUUGGGGGAACUGGUGGAGUGGGGAAUGAUUCAAGGGUUCUCUCUUGUGGGGAGGAGUAUGAUUUAGAGUUAAAAAAAUGGACUCAAAUUCCUAACAUGUCUCCUCGAAGGAGUGGGAUGGAUGGUGAGGCUGAGAAGCCUGCGGCAGCUGGGGCACCCCCUCUGGUUGCAGUAGUAAACAACGAACUUUAUGCUGCCGAACAUGCUGACAUGGAGGUAAGGAAGUACGAUAAGGAGAGAAAAUCAUGGUUGACUAUUGGAAGAUUGCCCGAAAGAGCGGUUUCAAUGAAUGGUUGGGGUCUUGCAUUCAGAGCAUGCGGUGAUCGCCUUAUAGUGAUUGGCGGUCCAACCGCCUCAGGUGGAAGUUUUAUAGAGCUGAAUUCGUGGGUCCCGAGCAAAGGGCCUCCACAAUGGGACUUACUAGCCAGAAAGCGAUCGGGUAACUUUGUGUACAAUUGUGCGGUGAUGGGAUGCUAAGAGAUGUACUUUUCCGAGGAUUACAUGAUUGGAUUCUCCCGGUGUUCCAAUAGAUCAUUUUUAUUGAUAGGAUGUCUCAUCUCUUUUUACAAACUUAAUUCAAAGUGCCUUCCAUUCCAUUUGUCUUCCGAAGUUGCAGCAAGUAACACAGAGGAAUAGGUUUAAUAAUUCGAAGUAGCAAAACACAUUGGCUUUAGAGUUAUAUGGGGUGUUCUUUAUUUCAUCCCUAAAUUUUUUCUUGGAAUUGUGUUGAAAUGGAGGGAAAUAAGUAGUGGGAGGUUGUUUUUCUGUUGGGAUGUUGGCUGGUGUAGUAAUUUCAUUACAAUCAAUGGGAUUAUAUAAAUUAUAUAUUCCCAGUUUUUCAUA